AUGGCUAGAGUGAGUCUCCUAGGAAAGACUCUCCCAUCAAAAUUAUUUCACUUAAGAUGGGCUAUGGAGCACGAUUCUGAGGUUAGAGAUUUUACCAAACUAGCCUUUAGAUCCCCCUUGGUUAAGGAGGAUGACCUGUUCCUCAGGAACUACAUUGGUAUACCGGAUAUCCAAGCUUUAAUGGCUCUUGAGGUAGAUCCUGCUCUGUUAUCUAUCACAGGGAACAGUGUAUCUACAGAUCCCACAGACCAGACUUUUCAUAAGAUGCAGUUUAAAAUGGCUGAUGCUGUGGCCCCACUAUUACUGAUGCUGGAUAAAGCAGAGAAAGAAGGCAAUACUCAGAAACCUUCUGCUUCAUCUUUGCUGGCAUCUAAGAUGGCUUUAUUAAAAUCAUCCGACAGGGCAGUGCUAAUUAUUGGAGAAUCCUUUAAUUACAUCUCAAACAUGCGCAGAACAUGCUAGCUCCACGCAGCAGGAAUGUCUGACCUAGCCCCUAAAUCACGAGUUCCCAAAUUUGUAGGAUUCUUACCUUUUUGUUCCCUCGUUCAUUCAGGAUGUUAAGGCCAUUAAAAGGCAAGAAGAUCCUUUUCAGAGCUCAAAAAUUCCUUUCCUGGCUACAAGAAGCUCUUUCGGACAGAAUCGCCCAUAUUGGGCUGCAGCAGCAUCCCGAGAAGCAUCUCACCCUUAUGCCUUUCCCCCUCCAUCUUUACUGAUGAAAGUGCUGGAGAAAAUCCACAGGGACAGGGUACAGAGUUUAGUUCUCCUUUACCCAGUAUGGACCCUGGUACCCCUUGGACCUCUUGAUCCAUCAGUUAGUCAAGGGAACCAAGACCUCAUUGGGAAUGACUGUGGACUGCUUUCAGGGAACCAGCGAACUUUUGCUCAAGCUUCCGCAGCUGAUGUGGAUCGCAGCCCCUUUUAUCAGAUCAGGUCCUGGACAUCAUUAAUUCAUUUAAGGUGCAGAACUAGGGUAAGAGUUAGAAAGAUAAUUGAGGAAUUCAAAGAAUGGGAGGUGUCUUUUCUAUCUACUUCUCAGGUAUCUGAUACCAUUCCAUUGGCUUUAGAAUUUCUUACCCUUAAGUUCCAUUCUGGUUUAGUGGUGAGUACCAUCAAGACCUAUGGAUCUGCUUUAAAUUUCCUUAUCCCUAACCUCUUAUUAAAGUUCCUUAAUUCUUUGGAUAAUGCUAAAAUUGAUUUAAAAUGA